GCAGGGCCAUGUCGGCGCCGUGCCUGCGCCUGCCCGCCGCCGGGUCAGCACCGGCGGAGGCGGACAGCGCCGGCGGCAUGGAGCCGCCCGCCGCCGCUGCCGCCGCCGGGGCCGCUGCGGCCGCCGCCCUGGAGCUGGCCCUGGAGGAGGAGUUGGCGCUGCUGGCCGCCGCCGGGGAACCGCCGGAGCCGCCGCCCGCCGCCGCCGCCCGCGACCCCGAGCUGCUUUCGCUGAUCCGGCAGAAGGAGAAGGACCUGGUGCUGGCGGCGCGGCUGGGCAAGGCGCUGCUGGAGCGCAACCAGGACAUGAGCCGCCAGUACGAGAGGAUGCACAAGGAGCUCACCGACAAGCUGGAGCACCUAGAACAAGAGAAACAUGAACUAAGGAGGCGAUUUGAGAACAAAGAAGGAGAAUGGGAAGGAAGGGUGUCUGAACUGGAAAGUGAUGUGAAACAGCUGCAGGACGAGCUGGAGAGGCAGCAGGUUCACCUGCGUGAAGCUGACCGCGAGAAGACACGGGCCGUCCAGGAACUCUCCGAACAGAACCAAAGACUCCUGGACCAGCUCAGCAGGGCGUCGGAGGUGGAGCGACAGCUCUCCCUACAGGUCCACACCCUCCGGGAGGACUUUCGGGAGAAGAACUCCUCCAGCAGCCAACACAUCGUGCGGCUCGAGAGCCUCCAGGCAGAGAUCAAGAUGCUGACAGACAGGAAGCGGGAGCUAGAGCAUCGCCUUAGUGCCAUGAUGGAGGAGAACGACCUGCUCCAGGGAACCGUGGAGGAGCUGCAGGACCGAGUCCUCAUCUUGGAGAGACAAAGCCAUGACAAGGACCUGCAGCUGCACCAAAGCCAGCUGGAGCUCCAGGAGGUGCGCCUGUCCUACCGGCAGCUGCAAGGGAAGGUAGAAGAGCUCAGUGAGGAGAGAAGUCUCCAAAAUUUCAACACAACCAGCACAUCCCUGCUAUCUGAGAUAGAGCAGAGCAUGGAGGCAGAGGAGCUGGAACAAGAACGAGAACAGCUGAGGCUGCAGCUCUGGGAAGCAUAUUGCCAAGUGCGAUAUCUCUGCUCCCAUCUCAGAGGAAAUGACAGCGCAGACUCAGCAGUCUCUACAGACUCCUCCAUGGAUGAGUCUUCAGAAACCUCAUCAGCCAAAGAUGUCCCAGCCGGCAGCCUACGUGCAGCUCUCAGUGAGCUGAAAAGAUUGAUACAGAAUGUGCUGGAUGGGGCAGACUCCACGAGUUCUCGAAGAAGUGACGAUGACACCUUAGAGGAACAGAUCAGGCGAACAAGCGAAGAUUCACGAGCCCUGAGGGAAUUAAUGGAGGGAGAACGGGGGAAACUGAGGCAGAGUUUGGAGGAGCUGCAGCGACUGCACAGCCAGGUCACACUACUGAGUGUGGAAAUGACGACGCUGAAGGAGGAACGGGACCGGCUGCGAGGUGCUGCUGAAGACAAGGAGACAAGUGAACGGCUCCUGCAGGCCGUCAGGGACCGAGAUGAGGCCAUUGCCAAGAAGAAUGCGGUGGAGGUGGAGCUGGCCAAGUGCAAGAUUGACAUGAUGUCCCUCAACAGCCAGCUGCUGGAUGCCAUCCAGCAGAAAGUGAACCUCUCGCAGCAGCUGGAGGCCUGGCAGGAUGACAUGCACAGGGUCAUUGACCAGCAGCUGAUGGACAAACACCCGAAGGAAUGGAGCCAGCUUGCUUAUUCCUUCUCCAGUGGCUAUGGCACAAAGCGGAGUGCCAGACCCUCCCCCGUGUUCAGGCCGGAGCAGCAGGGGGACGAGCCCGUUGGGGCAGAAGGGAACCGCCUCUUUUCCUUUUUCAAGAAAAAUUAAUUUGAAAAAGAGAAACCUCUCCAACAAUUCCUGCUUCAAGAUGGGGAGUGGGGCAGCUGCCCAGCUUGCUGAUGGACCCAACUCUGAUCCACUAAGAAAAAAGAAGGGGGCAAAGGAGUUAACCCUUGAGACUCUGCACUAUUUACACCGCACCUGGUCUGAACCAAAUGUUUACAUGAACUGGAGAUUUGCAAAUUGACAAUGUGAUGCUAAUAGAAAGAAACUUUUCCUAUUCUUUAAGUGAAGUGAUAAACUUCAGGGUAUAUUUUAGGCGCUUUGACACAGUCCAGUUUGUGCUGUGAAGAAUAAUCUGAUUGUCUUAAAAGCAUUCUCAUGCUGGAGAAGGAAGUAAGCAGCCCCAAGACAAAGCAGCGCAGGGGAUUGAGAACUGCCAUCACAGCAAGCACAGGGGGAAGAAGAAGGCUGAAUGCAAGAGAAGAGAGGGGAGUCACUUACACCGCCCUCUGGUCCUGGCAGCUGUGAUAUCCUUCAUCCAUCCCACUGAGACUGGAGUCGCUCUGGCCCCAGCCUUGCCAUGUUUUGACAAGUGUAGCUUUCUCCAUGGUGGAAGUUGAGCCCUCACUGCAGAUCCUGCCUGGGCGCCAUCUCCCCUGCAGCUCUGCAUAGCUGUUUACCCGUCGCUGGGAAUCCAGGCUCCUCGCAGAUCAGGGCAGAUGUAAGAUUGCUGAUGUUACUGUCUUCUCUAGCUCCCUCCUGUUACAGAGAGAAGAGCUGCAGAGACUGUAGUUACAUGGAACAUUAAGGAUUUCUCCCCAAGAGACUGACAAUCUGUAACAGGUUACAAGCUGGGUAAGAGUUGUGGAUGUUCAGUCCUGGGGCACCUACUGUCCCUCCAAUGGCCAAAGGUAGUUGUGGAGCUUCAGCACGUCACACACCUUUCCCCAAAGCCAGGUACCCCUCCCAAACAGAGUAAGAAACCUGUCAUUUUAACUGGAUAGGCCCCCAAAAAGCCUAACUAAUAAUUCAUUGAAAGCCUACCCAUAAUAAUGUCAGUAGGUCUUUAAGGCUGGGUUGGCAGACUUGCUCCUCAGAAAGCACGCAGGCAUCUACCUUCACUAAAGCCAAAGGCAAUUUGUGUCUACAAAGCUCUGGAAAUUCUGCAGCUUACUCUGCCCCACGCAGUAACAUUAGCUAUGGCCUGACGAAAACUAUGAGUAUUUGUCCCUGCCUGCAGGUCAUUUACUACUCAGCCCUUUGGCGAGCAAGUAGCCAAAUCUCCUUUUGACCGAAGAUGAUCAGAGCCUGCUUUGCUGUAAGCAUGACUUGAUCAAGGAGAAGGAAUGUAGCUUAUUUGGUAUAUGCACACAGUGAUGCUGGAAAUCCUGCAAUUCUUAAGUAGGGACCUUCCCUACGCACUGGAUGGGCACCUUACAGCUCUUCUCUUUAACACAGUCUACCAUCAUAAAGCAGCAAGGAAUGCCAGACUAAGUUCAGAGAUGUCCUGCUGCUGUCAUGCAAUUUUCACACAUUCUCCCAGCUCACGAUACCCACAGGCCCCAAUUUGUUUCCCUGUCGCUUUAAAGAGGCUACCACCUACACUGUCCCACAGGAGACGGAGCUAGGUACACAUUCAGCUCUGCCCUGCUCAGCAACUUAGGUGCUAAAACACCAUCCUACAGGGAGCUGCUAUCUCUGUUCACUAUUUACAGUAACGAGCUUUCUGCUAGAAUUAGGUAAUACCUUCUAAGAAGCAGGUAAGAGGUUCGUGGCUUGGGUUUUUUUAUUAUUAUUUAACUUAUCUAUGGGAUAGAACAUCCAUAAUACCUCAGUACAAAUAUCCUUUCUGCCUACAAAGAUUUGAGCAUUCCCAUAUUUCCUUGUUAGCAUGAAACUACCACACUGGUAUGAAAUCAUCUUGCACUGAAGUAGCUCCAUGUUGCAAGGAGCAAAGUACUCUUUGGGAUUGAAAAUGGUGGUAAAAAGCUGAGUGGUAAAACCCAUUUACUUGAAAGCAAUGACACCUGGAUUGCAGAUCCUGCUCCAGGAAAUACUUAGGUAAAGCACCACCAAUACAGCUUGAUGCUUACAGGGAAAGGAGUCUGGAGUCUCACAGGCAGGGAAGGAAACCAAACCUUGGCCUCUCCUUUCUAGGCAAUGCUCAACUGUUGAGUAUCUGCUUGUAUCCGCUUGUGCAAGUGAGGGAAAGGGACUUAGUGCAGUGCCAAGCGCGCUCUCAGGAUGGCAAGUCCUCAUCCUCCCGUCUUACCUAUGUUGUGACUCCCAAUAGGGCAGAGCCAUGAGGCACACACUCAGCAUCCCGGGCUGUCAGGACUCAGUUACGCCCAUAUGCAUUAACAUAAACUUUGAUACCUGCAAAAUUAGGCGUGGGUUCAUGGAAGCCAGUGAUACAUGUGAACAGUUGGCUCAUACCCUGUUUGAAAACUAUGCUCCGCUUGUUGUGGGAGAGCUACGUGAACAUCUUUGUCCUCACAGACCUUUUUUCUGCUGUCAGUUGUCAUUUCCCAGGCCCCAACAGCUCUCUUCAAGCCACAUGCCCAGCAGCUGUGUGGGACUCUACCCCUGUGAGGAUGUGUGGAUGUAUGUAUGCAAUCCUAAGGCAAGGGCCUUAAGUUAUCCAAUGAAGAUGCAGUAAUGAGAUGAAGAAAGGUGCCUUCUGCUCCAUGUUUGCUGAGAGGGAAGCGACUCAUUCAGUUGCAGGGGUAGGCAAUUGAAAUGCACAGCACAUCUCUUCAUUUAAGGAGGAACCUACCUUAAUCCCAUUGCAAUUUUAUUUAUUUAUUAACAGUGAUGGAAGAGACGGCAAGAGGAAAGUCAGCAUGUUCUAAGGUGCCAGUUGGGUAUGGUUUCUUAAAACUAGCCUCUUAACCCUAAAGACUUAGUUGCACUACUAAACCCAGAAAUAGAAGAGAAUUGGGUUUAAUGAACUGGACAACACACCAAAGGAGACCUCCUUGUGCUGAGCUGCUACUCAACAGGAACAGAAACUGCCUUAACAUAGCAGCUAGGUUUUGUUGUUUUGUCUUCAAAAAUCUCAUCAAUGCAGUCCUUCACAUUCUCGUUUGUUAUGUUGCGUUUUAACAAGGUCCUGACUAUUCCACCUUGAGCUGUCAUUAAAACACUCAUCUCCCUCCUGUCAUGGCCAGGAGCCUGGAAUCAUCCUUGCAGUGUUGGGUUAGAAGACACUCCACUUGUGAUACUUGAUACUUCUAGGACACACAUGGCAUAAAGGAAACGUUGGCUCCAGUGAAUGAGAUGGAGGAAGCACAUUAAUCCAGCAGGUACUCAGGAUCCCAAAGUAGAUUUAGGGAGUGGGAUCAGCAGCUCUAAAUACAACACUCACCCUUGCUUUUGAGAUAAUGGUAAAUAAAACAGUAGUGCUGCACAGUAACUGUUCAAAUAUUGCACAGAGAAGAGAUGCCUGCUGAGAUUAAGGUUACAAAGAACUUUCCCACAGUUAAGUAACAGGUGACUGGGCAAAUGUUUAUUAUGCUAGCCUAAGGGAAAAGGGAUCAAUCUCCCUUUAGUCAACUCUGCAAGGGAAAAAACUGUAAACAAGAAACAAGUAAGUGUAAAUGAAAGGCAAGUCACUAGCACUUUAUCUUAAUACAAACUUAGAUCAGCAACUUGCCGUUGAGAUGAACAACAGAUCAAUUAAUGACAACAGAAUAAUUUUGCACAGAGAAGCAAGAAGUGAGGUUACAGGCAGUGCUGCAUGUACAAGGACUUGAUAGCUGCAUGCACUUGUCCUACUUAGAAUGGUAAAUUCCAGAUAUGCCUCUACAUCAGGCAAACUCUCUACUCCCCACUCGGCUAUAAAAAGCAAGAUUGUUUUAACCAAAAAGCCAAGAAAGGAAGUGUCUGGGUGCUGCAGCAACGAUUCCCUUAGAUUGAGAGGGGAAAAAGCACACAGCAGGGACAAGCAGAAAGAAUGUAUCUAUAGAUAUGUACAUAUACCACAGUGCUGUAAUUUUUGUAUGUAGCAGUAAUGUAAAUAAAUGUAUGGUUUUUAUAAGAUACAUAUUAUAAAAAUCUAUAAAGGCAUAUUUUUAGUAAAACAAUGCUCUACUUCUUUUGUAAAUAGUUCUCUUCAGAAUAAAACAGAUCAUUUAUACAAUACUGUCUCAGCUCUCAAGUCACUGCUUAUCUUGCCUAGCUGCAGAACAAGCUCACUUUUUGAACUAUCAUCUUAACACCCAACAGCAUCUUUAGUGCUUCAUCAUCCCAAAUUCAGCCACGUAAAGCACUUGCAUGUGUUCAGAGGAGAACAGUCCUGGAGAAAGAACAUUUGAGGCAUUUACAUCUCCUGCCACACAGGAAAAUAGAAAGACGAGCAUGUAAACAUUCUCCACCUUCCACCCAUUUGUAUCAUUUACUGGCCUUUAUAUGGAGGGAUAUUCAAACUUUAACGAGUUUAGACACAAAACACAGAUGGACAACGAAACACCUCCAGCUUGCGGCAGCUGCAGUUCAGACCAUCUGCAUGUCCUCAGGAUUCCCCUCUACAUAGUCAUACCAGAACAGAGCAGACAGAAGAAAAGGCACCUUCCCACAGCAAGUUUUCAUCACACUUCUCCAGAAGUGAGGACUUGC